AUGCCUGGUUUUUGUCUUGUCGACAAUUAUAAUUCUCAUGUCAAAUCAUUGUCCAGUGGUUUGGAUUUGGAAUUUUUACCGCUUCACAUCGUUUCAGUCUUAGAAUUAAAAACAAAAUUGAAAGAUUCCGAUGUUGGACAAUUAUUACAUUAUCUUCGAAUUAUAUUGGAUUAUUCUCCUUCAUCACGUUCAUUUAUCUUAGGUGCAAUUACUGAUUUUCGUGAUAUCCGCUUUGCAAUGGUGAGAAGGUCAACUGAUGAUGAUGAUCAAUUCAAAUAUGAAGCAUCACUCAAAGAACUUCAAGAUGAAAAUGAAUAUCUAUCACAGUACUUAACAAUGUUUUUCACAGCUGAUCGAUCAAAAUUUGGUUUUUGUCGUUUGGAACCAUUGCCUGAUAACAUUCGGAUUGAUAACAGAUUACUCGGUAUUGGAGCAAAUGCCAUGGUUUUUAGUUGCUCGUUGAUCAAUGGUCAAUCCAAUGAAUAUGCUCUGAAAAUUAGUAAUGAUUCAGUUCAGAAAGAAGUGUCGAUCUAUCAACAAUUAUAUGCUGACAAAUAUCGAAUUGUUCAAGUUCAUUCAAAUGCUUUUUUAUUCCUCCAUCCACCUGGUCGAGUUGUAUCAAAAGAAAAUAUACUGAACAAUGCCCAUCUGAUCUGGAAUCAAAUUAAAAAAGCACAUAAUCUUUCAAAUACGUUACGUGAAGAAGGUGGUUAUGGAUAUAAAACGGCAAUUGUUAAUACAAUUAUUUCAAUUAUUUCAAUUGUUGAAGAAAAUCCUGAAGCAAAAGAAGCAGAUUGUGAACAUACAUCAUUAGCUGCUAGUAUUCUUUAUUUAUUGGGUCGUGAAGGACCACGUGCAACAACACCAGCAAAAUAUAUUCGUUAUAGUUAUAAUCGUGUUAUUCUUGAAAAUGCACCUGUUCGAGCUGAUGAUGAAGUUCGUGAUCGUGCUACUUUGUAUUAUCAAUUAUUAAAACAUAAUGAUAAAGCACUUAAUUCAGCUUAUAUUCUCAAUUGUAAGUAUAACAAAUUAAAUGAAAUUAAAUAUUUUAAUAUAGCAAUGAAUGUAUCAUUAUCAUCACUUGAACGUCUUUUACAUCGUUAUACAAUUGAACCAACAACAAAACCAUUUGAUGUUCGAUCUGUACCUGUUGAAGCAGUUCCGGUUGAACAACCUAAAGAUAUUAGUAUUGGUGUUGGUCUUCCACGUCCAGGAAUUGAAUCGAAAACAAAUCGAGAAGAUAUUUAUGAUGAACAAUUAUCUGCUAUACCAGAAUUUGCUCAUUUGGGUCCAAUAUACAAAUCAUCAUUACCAGUUGAUUUAACUGAAAAACGAGUAACUGUUCAAAUGGAUGGAUUAGCUGAAGGUUUUGAAGUUGUCCAUUAUACUCCUUGUCAAGUUAUUAAAUGUAAUGAUACGGGUACAACUUAUACAUUAGUUAAAUUACCUGAUGAUUCGUCACCUGUAACUGGUACAAUGAAAUAUACAGUUAAAAAUUGUGAUUCAACGACGGAUGUACCAGAUGAUAAAGAAGGUUAUGCUGAUGAAUUUGUGCUUGAAGAUAUUGAAAUAACAGUUAGUGAUCAUGUACAAAAAGUACUUAAACCAAAUUGGUCUGCUUCAUGGGAAGAAAUUGAAGCUGAAAAUGAACUUAAAGAUACAUAUACAUUAUCAAUUCGAACACUUGAAGAAUGUGUGAAGAAAAUAAUAAAUUGUAUGGGAAUGCAAGCUUGUGAACGAUCAGACAAAAUUCCAGAAGGCAAAGCAUCACAUGCACUUUAUUUAGCGGGUGUCUAUCGUGGUGGACAUGAUGUACUUGUUCGAGCAAAAAUGGCGUUGGGUGGUACAACAGUAGAUCCAGGAGCACAAGCUAUUACCAUGCAAUUAACAAUACGUUCGACAGAUGAAUCAGCUGUGGAAGUUUAUUGCUUCAGCAGUCGAAUAAAUAAAUAA